AUGAGUCAGCAAACAUUUAUUUCAGUUAUUUGUCUUACAGUUGGUACUUGCAAGCAGGAGAUGCUCCAGAAGAAGAAUGCUGUUCUGGUAGAUGGGAUCAUCUUAAACGGUCCAAUAAUGGACUCAAAGGCAGGAGAGAAGUUUGUGGAAGAGGCCUGUAAAAUGAUAAUGGAAGAAGUGGUCCAGAAAGCUGAUGAUGUAACAGAGAAGGUGUGCGAAUGGCAAGCCCCGGAAGCACUAAAGCAGAUCCUUGACCUGGAAAUCAGGGAUGCUGGAGAAUCGCAUCAGAAGCUCUUGCAGCUCUGCCGGGAUGUUAUACAAUACAGUGUCAAAACCAGUCAUCCCAGAUUUUUUAAUCAGCUGUAUGCUGGAACAGAUUAUUACUCGUUAGUGGCUCGUUUCAUUACAGAAGCAUUAAACCCAAGUGUAUAUACAUAUGAAGUAUCUCCUGUGUUUCUGUUGGUGGAAGAAGCAGUCAUCAAGAAAAUGAUUGAGUUUAUAGGCUGGGAGGAAGGUGAUGGCAUAUUUAAUCCAGGUGGCUCUGUUUCUAAUAUGUAUGCUAUGAACUUGGCAAGAUACAAAUUUUGUCCUGAGAUAAAGGAAAAAGGGCUUUCAGGUUUCCCACGGCUAGUCCUGUUCACUUCAGAAGAGUGUCAUUACUCCAUGAAAAAGGCAGCCUCCUUCCUGGGUAUUGGUACGGAGAAUGUUUACUUCAUCAAAACAGAUGACAGAGGUAAGAUGGUACCUGAGGAACUGGAGAAACAAGUCCAACGGGCCAGGAAAGAGGGGUCAGCGCCGUUUCUUGUCUGUGCUACGGCAGGCACAACAGUGCUGGGAGCGUUUGAUCCUCUGGAUAAGAUUGCCACUAUCUGUGAAAAGCAUGGCCUCUGGCUUCAUGUUGAUGCUUCUUGGGGUGGCUCAGCUUUGAUAUCGAGCAAGCAUCGCAGACUUCUUCAUGGCAUUCACAGGGCUGAUUCUGUUGCCUGGAAUCCCCAUAAAAUGCUGCUGGCAGGAAUCCAGUGCUGUGCUCUUCUGGUGAAAGACAAUUCUGGCCUUCUGAAGAAGUGCUACUCUGCCAAAGCUGCAUACCUCUUCCAGCAGGACAAGUUCUACGAUGUCAGCUAUGACACCGGUGACAAGUCCAUUCAGUGCAGCAGGCGCCCAGAUGCAUUCAAAUUCUGGCUCAUGUGGAAAGCCCUGGGAACCACGGGCCUGGAGGAAAGAGUGAACAGGGCUCUGGCUUUGGCUAGAUACUUAGUGGAGGAAAUUAAGAAAAGAGAGGGAUUCCAGCUUCUUUUGGAGCCAGAGUAUGCAAAUGUUUGCUUCUGGUACAUUCCACCAAGCUUAAGAAAAAUGGAAGAUGGACCUGAAUUUUGGCAGAAGCUACACCAGGUUGCUCCUAUAAUUAAAGAAAGAAUGAUGAAGAAAGGCAGCAUGAUGCUUGGGUACCAACCUCACCAGGGCAAAGUCAACUUCUUCCGCCAGGUGGUGAUCAGCCCCCAUGUUAGUCGAGAGGACAUGGACUUCCUGCUGGAUGAAAUCGAGCUGCUUGCUAAGGAUUUGUAG